AUAAUAAAUCUUUAAUUAAAUUAGUAAGUAAAUCAAUACUCGAAUGAAUUAACAAAUGCUCUAGAACAAUCUAGGAUAAGUAAACAGAGCCAGUUACUAUGACAGCCAAGACAUGAGACUAUUAGAAAACAAGACACAGCUACAGAAAUGCAGUAUUUUGCCUCCCCCUCCUGGUGGACGCAGUAAUGAUGGUUACUUACAUUACGUCAUAGUUGGAAAAGAAAUUAAUUUAUGGGUCAAAGUGUCUAUGAGGUCAUUAUAAAGAGCCUCAUGGCGUAAGCUACGCAUAGAAAGUGGGACCUGAGUUUUAAAUCUGAAUUUCCUCUAAGUGUUAUAGCACAAUACUAUGGAUAAAAAAAAAUGUAAUACCAUUGAUAUUUCAAAUCAAUAAAAUGAUUUGAUUUUUUAUGAAUAGGCAAUAAAUAUAACUAAUUAGAAUAUAUUACACUGCAAGCCCAUAGUCAAUGAGUAGAGUAGCUACUAAGAGAACUAACAGAAUUUUAAAAACGUCAUUAAGACUUUCAUAAAUUCUGUAACUGCUUCAAUUCUUAAAUUGUAUCAUUCAAACUUGUUCUCAAAAAUUUGUUGCACAUCACGAUAAGUUAUAGAAUUACAGAAAUAAAAUGUAGGCUAGUUGUAUAUGCUUUAUCACUGUGGUAACACCAGAUUAUUAUUAUUUUAUUUUAUUUUUUCGUAAAAAAAGAAAUAAAAAUAAGUAACAUGAACGACGUCAUAAUGUUCGGAACGUUGAUUGCGUAAAGGCGGCCAGAAUGCUACAUUGCAGCCGAACCCUUUUCGUCAUAACCGAGCGGCAUGACGUCGAGCCGCUUCAAACGGUUCCAUUCAGGCAGAGGCUUUAUUAUGAAGAAAUACCAACAUGAUUGGCCCGAAAUCAAAAGGAAUGAUCAUAAAUAAUAACGCGAGAGUUUGCAAGUUUCCUGCCGACUGUAGUCACAACUGUCAAAGGCAGCAGCGGAUCCGCGCAUGACCCAGCACCCAUACUGUUACUGUACACGGCCGCGGAGAUAAUAUCCGUAUCACAAAAAAAAAUACAAGGCAUAAUCCCGAGGUAAGGAAAGGAAACAAGGGGCUGCGCCGAAACUGCGCGACGCUGUGACUUUCCCUCCGCUUUCCAUCGCGGGCACUUCUUCCAGGAGAUUACCGCACUAAACGUGUUCCUGUGCCUCCUUUAGCAACAGCGCAAGGAUUUUUUUUUUUUUACUCCUCCUUCGUAUUAAAGUCGCCAUUUUGCUUCACUGCCUAUGAAAGCUUCUUGUAUUUUCUUUCUUUCUUAUUUUUCUUUUUCUUUUCUUUUUUUUUUUUUUGCGCGUCGUUUCUGCGUAUUUUUCGUGCGCGUGCUUUUGAGUUGGUUUUUAAUGAGAGGUUAAAGAGAGAGCGCGUGGAUAACAUAUUAAUGAAGAGGGGCACCGACUGGAGUCUGCAAACAAGGUGAAAGUGUUCGGCUUGUGUGCAUCAGCUUUCUCUCUUCUUCUUUUUCUUCCUCCUCCAUCAUCUACCUCCGCGGAUACACGCAGCUAGGGCCGUGAGUGUGGCUACCGACCGUGACGCCCGCCCGUCCGCCCGUCCGUCCAUCCGUCCGCGUCGGACACGACCGACUCCCUUAGCCGCAGGUGUGAUUGCCAUGUAAAGUCGCGUGGCGCGACGCGAGAGUAAAAGGCUUCAGCCCGACCCCACGUGGGUGACCCCGCUCACCCGCUUGUUUCGGGUGGAUUGGGCUUUACAGUCUUUUGUUACAGUAUAUUACUUUAUCUAACAAAAGCCAGUACAUUAAUGACACCAUCCUCCAGCAAGUGACAUCGUUUUUUUUGGCAUGGACACCUCCAGCAGUGCCCGAGUGGGGAAGCCGUCCUUGGGCAUGUCCAAGGGGCGCACAGCCAAACAGGCCCACCACUCUGAGAUAGCCCGAAUGGACAGCACUGAAAACGACAAUCAUGGUUCCUCCUGCAAUGAGAAGUCAGAGGGCAAAAAGAAAGGGCGCCCCCGUGUAGAGAUGCAGGAACUGCGCAAUAUUCCCGCCCAUAUGAUGGUUCAGUGGAAAGAGGAGUUUAAAAAUCGUUCCAGGGUGAAGUGUCCGAGUUCAGGCUGCUGGUUGGAAUUCCCCAGUAUUUACGGACUUAAAUAUCAUUAUCAGCGAUGCCAAGGGGCAACGAUAGCAGAGAAGCUGAGUCACGGUUGCCCGUACUGUGAGGCUGUGUUUGCCACCAAGGUGCAUCUUCAAAAGCACAAGCUGUGGAACCACCCAGAAAGGGUCACUGUGGAGACUAAGUCUGGGGUCACCUUGGAUACCAAAAGCGAUCUUAAGUGCGAAGCCAAGUCUGAACCCAAACAGCAAAAGAGUCAUGUGAAGGGAAAUGCCAAAAAAAGGCCCAUAGAGAACAGCCCUCCACUGCCUGUAUUUUUCAAAGUGAAGAAGACCCAAGAGGUGUCUCGGCCCUCACAGAAUGGGGAGUGUGCCCCUCAAAGGUCGGACAGAAGACAGCAGCAGCAGCAGCAACAGGGAACGUCUUUAGAUGCUGGAGGAAGUGAGAGUGAAGGGGGCAGUCUACCCCCACCCUUCCCUGAGGAAGACCCUGAGAGAAUGAAGCACAGGAGGAAGCAGAAAACUCCAAAGAAGUUCACUGGGGAGCAGCCAUCUAUUUCAGGAACAUUCGGCUUGAAAGGAAUGAAUAAGGUGGAGGAGAAGUUAAAAGUCAGCCGGAUGAAGAGGGCGGAGGGGCCUCCGUUCACUGAAGAGACCCAUAGGAAGCAGCCAGUAUCAGCUCCCAACAGAAAAGAGUCUGCUGCUAUCAGUUCAGUGCCCCCUGCAGAAGUCCAGUGGCAAAACACCAUCUCUGAGAGGGGGGAGGUGGUCUGCCCCACAUGCUCCAUUGUCACCCGCAAGACCGUCCACGGCCUUAAGAAGCACAUGGAGAUCUGUCAGAAGCUACGGGACGCUCUCAAAUGUCACCAGUGUCAGAAGCAGUUCAGAUCCAAAGCUGGACUCAACUACCACUGUAUGGCUGACCACAUUAAGCCCUCAGCGACUGAAAAUGAGGUUGGGGAGGAGAGAGGGAGAAUACGGCACGUCCUCAAACACAUGGGCCAAAUCAAGUGCCCCAAUGAGGGCUGUUCAGCUCACUUCUCCAGUCUGAUUGGUUAUCAGUACCAUCAUAAACGCUGUGGCGGAGAGUUUGUGGAUUCAGAGAAACAUGUGUUCAUGUGUCAGCACUGUGGGAAGACCUAUCGCUCAAAAGCUGGCCGUGACUACCACCUGCGCUCUGAGCACCCCGCUGCCACCCCACCCACGCACUCGCUCACAGCUGAGGAGUGUAAACAGGAAGAGAGGAAAGGGAAGGAGGAAGUGCAGGAGGAAAUGGAGCAAGAAGAGCCUGUUCUGAAGAAAGGCAGGGGGAAGGUGAAGGAGAGAGCAGAGGAGCAGGUGGAGCUGGUGGGGGAGAGGAAUGAGGAAAAGCCAGAGGUGGAGGAGCUGCUGGAUUUUGACAGGACGCCCAGCGGCAGAGUGCGACGGCGCUCCGCUCAGGUGGCUGUGUUUCACUUGCAGGAGAUCGCAGAAGACGAGCUGGCCAAAGACUGGGGCAACAAACGGCGCAUCAAAGACGACCUUGUGCCAGACAUCAAAAGGCUCAACUACACACGACCAGGCCUCCCCAGCUUUAACCCCGAAACUGUGGAGAGCUGGAAGAAUGAGGUGAAGGAGAAAGGAUUCAUCUGCUGCUCCAACUGCAAUUGUGAAGCUGUGUACUCAAGUGUAUCUGGACUUAAAGCUCACUUGGCAAACUGCAACAAGGGAGGGGGCGAUGUGGGGAAGUACACCUGUUUGCUCUGUCAGAAGGAGUUUAGCUCUGAGAGCGGUGUAAAGUACCAUAUCAGCAAGACACAUUCUCAGAACUGGUUUCGUGCAUCUGACCACGAGGUGCCAAACAACAAGAGGAAAGAACCAGAGAGCAAUGGCUUACAGAAGGACGUGAAAAACGGAGUGCCUGGGAAGAAGAGAGGUCGAAAGCCCAAAGAGCGCCCCCUGGAGACAGUCUCCAUCCCAGCAGAGACUCAGAGCUUCACCCCAGCUCCAAUUCCACCCCAGACCGUAACUCCAGCCUCAGAAACUCAAACACCUGCCUCCACCCCUAUCGCCAACACCCCAACUACACCCUCUGCCCCAGUGGACAGUGUGAAUCCAGCCCAGCCCAGAGAAACACAUCCCCCUAUAAAGAAACGGGGCAAACCUAAGAAAUCGCCAAUCACCGAGUAGCACGGCUCUUACUACGUCAGCACCAAGAUGGGAUGCUUUCCGAACUACAUCAGUAAACAAAUGAAACAUAAAAAUAUUAUCUCUAGAACGAGGGAAUGAAGGACAGCAGAAAACAAUGAUGAUUUGCUCUUGUAUUGAUUUCACACUGAUUUUUAAAUCCAUAAUAUGUGUGCUUAUGUAUACUGAUAUAUAUUCCUCCUGUUUUAUUUUCUCAUUUAAUUUUAGAAUUAAUUUUAUUAAACUGUUAACUCAAAAAGGGUCAAUAACAGUUAAAAUCCCAGUUGAUAUAUAUGGUAUAUACUGUAUAUAUACAUAGGCCUUUAUGGAAGCUUUUUUAGAGCAAAAAUUGCGAACAUGUCUUCAUAAUUUUUGGGUAGCUCAGUCAAUAUGUCCAGUGGUUUCAAGAGUUUUUUUUAAGAAUAUCAAAUUCAUUCAGUUAGCAUGGUGAGCUAAUUUACUGCUAACGUUUUAUUUCGGAUAUACUCUGCUGUGUAUAUAAAAUAUCUAUAUCUGUAUAUGAAUAUAUUCAAAGCAUUUCAUUUUCGUCCACAGUUUUCAAACGAGGCCGGUCAAAAAAAAAAAAAAAGUAGGUCUUCUUUAGUGAUCAUCGUUUGAAUUGCUUUUUAUCGGAUGUACACUACCGGUCAAAAGUUUUGAAACACUUACUCAUUCUUUAUUAUAAUUUUUUUUUUUUUUUUUUUUUUUUUUUUCACAUUUUAGAACAAUAGUAAAGUCAUUAAAACUAUGGAAUAACAUAAAUGGAAAUAUGGGAAUUAUGUUGUGACUAAACAAAAUCCAAAAUAAAUCAAAACUGUGUUAUAUUUUAUCUUCAAAGUAGUCACCCUUUGCCUAGAAUUUGCAGACAUGUACUCUUGACAUUUUCUCAACCAACUUCUUGAGGUAUCACCCUGGGAUGCUUUUUAAACAGUAUUGAAGGAGUUCCCAUCUAUGUUGGGCACUUAUUGGCUGCUUUUCUUUAUUAUUUGGUCCAUCAAUUUCAAAAACCUUUUUUUUUUUUAUUACAUUUUAGAUUUAUAAUGAAAUAAAUUAAUAUGGUGGCACAAUUAUAUUUUUGUCUACAAAACUAAUUUCAAACAUUUAAGCAUAUGCCUUCAGAUCAAAAGAUUUUUAAGAUCAUGAGAAACAUUUCAGUCAAGUGUUUCAAAACUUUUGACCGGUAGUGUAUUUGGGUUUGUUUUGUCAAUGGCAGCUGAACGAAAGGUUGGAAUACGGUCAACGGCUGGUGUAAAAGUGUGUUCCCUGGUUUCUCAUCCUAUCUCUUGCUCUGAAUUGUAAGAGGCUCUCUGGCACGUAGCCUUGUGUUACUCCUUUUCCCGCAUCCCUGUGGGCUGUUUGCAGUAGUUGUAGUUUGCCUUAGUUGGUCAGAGGUCAUUGUUAAAACCUUUAACUGCUUGGAAAUUUGGGUAGUUCUGUGUGCUUUCAUUUUGUCUGUUUCAAUGGGAAAAAAGGGUUCAUGGUGCUUAAAUAAGCAGGAAAAUACAGUGCAAACAUUUAGAGAAAAUCAAAUAGCAAAAUGCAAAGUUUGUGGCAGACAUGUGCUACCUUGCAAUGAAAAGAAAUAUGUUGGAAUAUGGAACUUCUUUGAAGCACAGAAAUGCCAUUUGACAUCUGUGAUGUCAUCAGUGUUAGCUUAAGCUAAAUUUACUACUGCUCUGUAGGAAGACUCAAACUAUCUCUGAAAAUGAAAACAUCAUGGAUGAUCCUCUGAAAUUCAUUUGGGUGAAUCUCAUUAAACCUGUCAAGAACAUGCUGGGGUAUUAUUCACCUCAAAAAUUAAAAGAAAAAAGUAGAAAUUAUAUUUUAUAUAGGCUAUAAAUUUUUUAAAGAUUUGUUUUGCAUUAUGCCAUUUUUUCAUGACAACUAGACAUACACACACACACACACAAACACACACAAUUGUCCAAAAAUGUAAUUAAUUUAAUGUGAACAAAUAUUAUUUUGAUUCUAAUGUAUUGUGUUUCUUGUAUUGCCUUUAAUUAGAAAAAUAAAAUAAAAAAUAUUACAGUAUUUAAUAAAUUUCAUUGAAAAAAUAUUGUAUAAAAUGAAUGAUACUCUAAUGAUAAUUCCCAUUGAGAUUAAUGACAAUUCUCAAUAACACAAAACUUAAAUAAUAAUUAUCGGCAAUAAGGAUUUGGUGGAAGAUGUGCUUAAUUGCUAUUAAAAAUAAUAUCACAAUACAAAAAAUCUGAAUGGUUCUAAAAAUAGGAUUUAUUUUCAUGACAAUUAAACUGAUUUUACCCCCCAAUUCUCCUUUCCAAUAAUGCUAAAAAAAAAAAAAAAAAAAAAAAAUACUCUCUCCUUUUUACUGUAAUGUGAAAAAAAUACACUGCAUUCAAAAAUAAUUAUUCAGACCCCUUCAUUUUUUUCACAUUUUGUUAGCCUUAUGCUAAAAUGCUUUACAUUAUUUUUUUUAUUUUUUUUUCACAUCAAUCUACACUCCAUACCUUAUAAUGACCAGAUUUUGGAAAAAACUGAAAUAUCACAUUGACAUAAGUAUUCAGACCCUUUGCUAUGACAAAUUUAGCUCAGGUGCAUCCCAUUUCUCUGGAUCAUCAUUAGCUAUGUCUCGGUUCGAAGGCUGCGUGCUAGGUAGGACGCGUCCUUUGAAGGCUGCAGUAUACCGAGUGUCCUCCUUUAAACACGCCUCGUUUAAAUGAGGCGGCCUUCAUAGGACAAAUGGAAACAGAACGUAACAUGGUUGCUAUGACAGCAUGCCACUCUUUAACAAGCGCGAACGCUGUGAGUGAGAAGGGAACAAAGUCCCUUUAGAAGGGAAUGUAUGAGGUACAUUUUAGGAGAGUUAUAAUGAUAGAUUUUACAGGUGUCCUUUUAGUCUAAUACUUUAUUUUAAUUAUAUAUUAAUAUAAUAAUACAUAUUAUAUACUCUGCACCCAUCUACUGAGGUACUUCAACUUGGGAAUUAACAUUACUUGAGUUUGAACAUCAUUUACGGGCAAAUUGGCAUUAUUUUUUUUUUAGACAUUUCCGUUGAAGCAAAGAAUUGUGGGUUGUGAGUGCCCACAAAGGAUACACCUCAUGCAUCCACCGAAUUCCCGUGAAAGAAAGUUGCAUUUGAAGGCUGCAUUCGGAGUGUCCUUCUUGCUUUUCUGAAAAGAGACAGCCUCGAUGACGUAUGCGGUGGACAAAUGCGACCUCCGGAGGACGCAGCCUUCCAAAUGAGACACAGCCUUUGAAAUGUUUCUACACUUUGAUUGGAGUCCACCUGUGGCAAAUUCAAUUGAUUGGACAUGAUUUGGAAAGGCACACACCUGUCUAUAUAAGGUCUCACAGCUGAAAAUGCAUUUCAGAGUAUAAACCAAGCCAUGAGUUCAAAGGAACUGCCUGCAGAGCUCAGAGACAGGAUUGUGUCGAGGCACAGAUCUGGGAAGGCCACAAAAUGUUUUGGCUGCAUUAAAGUUUCCCAACAGCACCGUGGCCUCCAUAAUUCUUAAAUGGAAGAAGUUUGGAACAACCAGGACUCUUCCUAAAGCUGGCCGCCCAGCCAAACUGAGCAAUCGGGGUAAGAGAGGUGAUCAAGUACCCGAUGAUCACUCUGGUUGAGCUCCAGAGAUCAUGUGUGGAGAUGGGAGAAACUUGCAGAAGGAAAAUCAUCACUGCAACACUCCACCGAUCUGGGCUUUAUGGCAGAGUGGACAGACGGAAGCCUCUCCUCAGUGCAAGACACAUGAAAGCAACUAAAGGACUCUCAGACUGUGAGAAAUAAGAUUCUCUAGUCUGAUGAAACGAAGAUUGAACUGUUUGACCUCAGUUCCAAGUGUCAUGUCUGGAGGAAACCUGGCACCGCUUAUCACCUGCGCAAUACCAUCCCAACGGUGAAACAUGGUGGUGGUAGCAUCAUGCUGUGGGGGUGUUUUUCAGCGGCAGGGACUCAGGGACUGGUCAUUGUUGAAGGAAAGCUGAACGCAGCAAAAUACAGAGAUAUCCUUAAUGAAAACCUGGGCCAGAGCACUCUGGACCUCAGACAGGGCCGAAGGUUCACCUUCCAACAGAACAAUGACCCUAAGCACACAGCCAAGACAACGCAAGAGUGGCUUCGGGAAACUCUCUGAAUGUCCUUGAGUGGCCCAGCCAGAAAACAAACGAACCCAAUCGAACAUCUCUUGAGAGACCUGAAAAUGGCUGUCUACUGACGGUCCCCAUAAACCUGACAGAGCUUGAGAGGAUCUUCCAAGAAGAAUGGCAGAAAAUCUCCAAAUCCAGGUGUGCAAAGCUUGUCGCGUCAUACCCAAAAAGACUUGAGGCUGUAAUCGCUGCCAAAGGUGCUUCAACUAAGUACUGAGUUAAGGGUCUGAAUACUUAUGUCAAUGUCAUAUUUCAGUUUUUUCUUUUUAAUACAUUUGCAAAGUUAUAAAAAAUCUGGUUUUUGCUUUGUCAUUAUGGGGUAUGGAGUGUAGAUUGAUGUGAGAAAAACAAUAAUUUAAAGCAUUUUAGCAUAAGGCUGCAACAUAACAAAAUGUGAAAAAAAGAAGGGGCCUGAAUACUUUCUGAAUGCACUGUACAUUAUUUAGAUUCUGUAUUUAUACAUUGAAUUUACACAGGGUUUUUUUUUUGUUUGUUUUUUUUUUUUAUUGUACAAAAGUAAAAAAAACAAUUUUUGUUGUUGUUUAUCAUUAAUGAUACACUUAUGAGAAUCAACAUUAAGAAUAAUUUUCUCAAAACUGGAAGAAAAAAAAAUAGGAUGCAUUUUCUUCAUGCGGAAUAUAAUUCCUUUUGAUUUUGGGGUGAAAUGUGACUGACAUGUUUUCGUGAGAUUCAUAUUUGUAUUUAACUUUUGAUGGUUCGAGCUGCUCCUUGGAGCACAAGCAAUGUGUGUUGAAUGACCUCAGUGACUGUAUGCAAUAGACUAGUGAGAGUGUUUAAUGUAAAGCAUCAAAGAGCACAAUCAGAAUGGUCACUACAGACUUUGACUGAACAUUUCCUUGACUUGCGGUUCAGAAUCAGAGAACGUUAAGGAGCUAACUGAAUAUCUAAACUGAUUUCCAACUUUCUGAUUAAGGCCUGUUUAAGAAAAAUGCUCUUCUUGCACUUUAACCCCUCCUCCCCCUUCCCUCCUUAUCUUGCACUUUGCAGGCACUGUCAGGCUUCCAUUCUCCAAACCUUAAUUUGAGUGGCUUUGUGUUGUCUUUGCCCUUUUGUGCAGAUCUGAGAUCAGUUUCCCCAACAUAAAUCCACCACAUGAGAAUUCUCGAAACUGAUGACAGCUCAGCUUGAGCUGAGCCAGCCCAAUGCCUGCCAUGUGAUCUGAACCCAGGGUGAUACAUGCAAGAGUUUGACCUUCAUUCCUCAAUUUAGAAAGCAAAUCUAUGUCAAAUAUCAAAUGAAAAUUCUGUUUAAAGCCAUAAUGGAAGCAGUAUAUCUUUUUAUUCUUCCUCAGAUUGUAUAAAAGAAUUUAGAUUGAAAGAAUAUAAUAUUUGUUACAGAAAUUAAAUAUCUAUUCCAAAAACACUGAUAAUUGUAACUGAGGUACUGUACUUGAAAUCAUGAAAACAUUGCCAUAAAAUUAUUUAAAAUACAGGUCACAAAUGGACAAAAAGCAUAAAUUAUUAAAAGUAUAUUUAUCUAAUGAGAAAAAAACCUAAUAAGCUUAAAGUUGCAUACAGUACAUAAAUUACAUUUAUUUUAUUCUAAUACUUGUAAAUGUGAUCUUAAUCUCAUAGUUGCUUAAGAAAACUUGGGUUGGUAUGUCGUGAUUUUAGGCAAAAGGUGCUAGUAGCCAAUCUACCUUAAGAAAUGUUGCGCAUGAAGUUGUGAACCUGUUAGUACCAUGCCAUGGAGUCCCACAUUUCUGACAUGAAAUACUGUAGCAAAUGUCAUUUUAACUGUCCUUCACCACAACCGAAGUGUCAUGCAUUAAAUGGCAAAUAAAAGUUCUUCUGCGACUUCAAGUCCCCCAUUGCACUGUAAAAAUGGUCGACUUUUACCUGGUCUGUGAAAAGGUUAUGGUUUUCAAGAAGACAAGGCAACAUAGUUAAGAGCUCAGUCUUGCUCCAUAGCCUUUUUGCACAUGUUGUGACAGUUCUUACACUGUGCUAGUGUAACGUUGCUGUCUUAGGUUCAUAAAAUGACUACUUUAAUGUAGAUGGGCAAUGCUUUUGGAGUUUCACCCAGUAGAAUGUAUCUUUCGGUGGAAGUUUAGUUAUUAUAUGAUAUUGCUCAAUUCACAUGAAAUGACACUAGUUUCUGUUAGGAAUAUUGUGCUUGGCUUCAAUUACCCGUCUUCCUAGAUUAUGUGGCUUACACAUAUGCAGAUGUUUUACGAUCAUGACACUGAUUUAUUUUAAAAUUACAGCAAUAGUUUGCGGUGGAAAGUGCUGCUGCAAUGUUAAAUAUGAUUUCCAAAGCUUGGUGCAUUCUCUUUCUUUGCUUGUUUGCUUUUUUCUUUGUGACAUAGUUGCUUUAAACUAUUUGAAUAUGACCCUGUGCUUUUCUAUAUAGGUCAAAAUACAUGUUGAAAAUGUCUUUUUGUCUAACACUAUAGACAGUUUGUGUGAGUGGGUGGGUGGCUGUGUGUGGGUGUGAGUGUGUGUGUGUGUGUGUGUGUGUGUGUAGGUGUGUUUUUCUGUAUUUAGUGCACUUGUAAUCCCUUGAAAUAGGAUUGAAUAUGGAGUGUCAGUAGAGAUUUUGGUAACUUUGAUUGCGUGCUGUGGAUUUUUGUACUAAGGGGUAUGUAGAAAGUGGAACCCCCAUCCAGUUUUUUUUUUUUUUUUAAACAUAGUUUUCAUUACUUCAACUUUUGAGUGAAAUCCUCUAAGAAGUUUACAAACAAAAGUCAUCGUGUUCCAAGUCUGUGUCUGAGCUGGAAAAAGGGGGCCCACUAAUGUUCCUCUAUGGUCUACUCAUUGGGUGCGAGGAAAGGGCCCCACCCAUAAUUUUGUCCCAGGCCUUGUGAAUUUAACAACAGCCCUGGUUUGAGGACUGAGGUACAAAAGGGUAGUCAAAAAAAAACAAAACAAAAAAAAAAAAAGACAAAAGAGGACAUUUUAUUCAGAUGCUCUAAAAACUGUUAAAUCUAUUAAUACUUACCAAAUAAUGACAGUAAUUGGCAAAAUGAUAUUUUAUUCCUUUCAAGUUUUUACCUAGGUUGGCAAGAGUUAUGAAUCUAAACUGUUGUUCUCUCUCUUUUUCCCCUGGUGUAUUAACUGUGCAUUUAUACCCCUCAAAUAAUUAAUAAAAUGUUGACAAAAGAUU